CGGACUGCACAGCUCGCCCUUUGUUGCAGGUGCAUGCAUGGUCGCCGCGCCUCCCCAUCCUUGUCAUCCAAAUUGAGCUGUCGAUGCUUGGGCCAGCUGCCCUCACCAUAUUCGCGCGGGUUCAUGUAGGCAGCAACUCUUCUGCUUCACCACCCAAGAUAUGAUGGGUGGUUCCUGGGCGCCGCCUCGGACGAGCAGCUUGAGUGCCCUCAUCGCUGCCGACGCCAGGCCAGCAACAGGACCGAUGCAGAGGUGGGACGGUGCUGCCAGGACUUGCUGCGAAUGGGACGGACUGCACAAGGACCCGGAGUUGUGGCUUCGUGGAGGUGACUGCCUGGUCUAUCUGUACGGUCGAGGACAGUCACAAAGAGGGCCGUCCUUCCAAGUCUGCUUCAAGGAGCUCGUUCGUCAAAAGUGCAUACCACUCAUUGAUCGAUUCACCAUCAGCGACGGCACACCUUUACCUAGAAAUGCUCGACAGCUCGAGAGAUGGGCGGCUACCGCAUCACGGCCGAUCAAGCUCUACAUACCGCCGCCCGACAACGCCACGACAGAGCAGGCCUUCGCCUACCACAUCGCAACGAGGAACUUUAUGGCAUGGGUGUUUCGGCGGUCCCUUGUGGGCGAGCAUUUAGGCUCCGCCAUUGUCGCGCUCAUGUACAGCAUGCACGAGUUCCGGUCCGAUGACGUGGAGGAUCACGCUGCCGACGUGCACGGCUAUCUCGACGAAGAGGGCUAUCUCGACCUCGUCAACCAGCCCAACCAUGCGCUGGGGCUGCUCUACUACGCGGAGACAUUUCGCAUCCGGGACAUGUACAUUCGAGCCCUGGCUCACUGCGUGGGCAUGAGUGACCGGCUGCACGCGUGUCCAGGAUACCCCGCCCUAUCACUAGCCACAAAAAACACGAUUCGACAAAGUAGAGUGAGCCUGGACGACCGCCAGUCAGCCGCCACAGACAUGCUCAGCGAUCUGCUGGACGAGGAGCUCUCCGAGGCCCAGCUGGGGAUCCCAGCCGCCAUGCGAGCCCAUCUGGACCGAUUCCGCAGCUACCUCAUGUCCAUGUACACCAACCGUCUCGGGUACUAUCCCCCUCGGGCCUUUGACCCGCGUCUCUGCCGCACCAUGCGGGACGAGUUCGAGUCGUUGUACCACCUCUUGGUAGACUACGCCCAUCCUGCCGCCGGCGGCCUGCCCUCGGUGGCGAGCGGCGGCCUCUGCACCCUGCAGCUCGUCAACACCUUUGACGCGAGCCACCGCUACGCGCCCCUCGACCAUCCACUACCCCUCCUGCCGGACGUUGCGACCAGUGGCGUGUUCACGUUCGCACCCUGGAGGGCGCGCGCGGACAGGAUGCGUUCAGACAAGAAGCUGCUCGCCCACGCCGCGCUCUUGAAAGCUUCCCACGGUGGCGAGGCGGCGCCCAGCAACGAGCUUGUGCGCGCGUACCGUACCUUUGAGGAGCAAUCGAUCUUCUUGCCCAACAAGGCGGACAAGCUGGACAAGGUGUCCCUUGUGGACGGUCGGAAGGUUCGGUGGAUCCUGGUGUAUGCCGUGUACCAGGUCCUGCGUAGUAUCACCAAUGUCCCGCCGGAGGUGUACGACGCGGCCGAGGCGCCGUACCACGUCGCGAUUGGCACCGAUACGGACGAUCUCGUGCCAUGGGCGGGGACGGAGGCGUCUGUCCUGCUGGGAGGAUUGUCCGAACAGAACGAGCAGCGUGCUGCGACGGACAACACGCAGCCCGUACGGUGGGCGGACUCGGCUGGCGUUACACUGGUCGAUGAUGCCGACAGGAUCGAGAUCAAGCCCGAUAUUGACUAUCUCGCACUCAACCAUCGCGAGUCGCAGGCUUUGCGCGAGAGGAACCUUGUGGGCCAGUCAAUGAGCACGGGGACAUUGGCGCGGGCGAGCUCUGUCAAGACCCGGCUCAGCAGGAACUCGACUGUGCGGCGUUCGCUACGGAUGUUCAGACCUUCGUCCACAGGUCCGUUUGUCGAUGGCCCAUCAUCGCCGUCGUCAACGUCGUCGCCCAAGCCCACGUAUCACGAGAUCAUGGUGCAAGGCUACGGCAACGGUCUAAACAGCGUCAGCAGCCCCUGCACCGCCUCGCCCUCGUUCCACAGCGACGCAUGGCAUCGCAACAACUCGACAGCAUCAAAGUCAUCCGCCAGCGAUUCAGUCCCAGGAAGCACGAACAGCGGCGACACUGUCGAGUCGUCCCUCGUCACGCCGACGUCGGAAGCCGGACAGUUUGACCUUGCCCUCGAUGGGGCACAGCCCAGGCCUGAUCCACGAGGACGCCAGGCCGUGUCGAUGAUCGUUGACCCGUCAGACAUGAAAGCAUUCGCCAGUGGCCUGCGACGCACGGGCAGUUUUCUGUGGCCAGCGAGGCGAGGUCUGGAUGCGAAGCCGCCCGUGCAAUUGGAGACUAGACGGAUCUCGCAGCCCCCGAUCACCGUGCGGGAUGACUGGGCUGCCAUGCAAGCUUUCAUGGACGGCGUGGACACGCGGCAAGAUGACGCGUGGGAGCAGUACGCCUCGAUUGGCGGAUUGACGGAGAUGUGACGGUCUUUUGGGUGUGUGUGUGUGUGUGUGUGGAAAACGAUACAACAC